AUGAGUGAGGUGCUGAAGACCUUGAUGUCUGAGGAUGAGAAGCCCAACCUUGUGGAGCUGCAGAACAUCUUGGAGGCCGUGUCCUUGGCUGUGCACAGGUCCUUGCCUCCAGAGCCCAUCAACACCACAACUGAGCUGCCUGCAGGCGUGGUGGGACUGCAGGGAGAUGCUGCAGCAGCUCCACCGGCUCCAGCUCUUAUCUCCCCUCCCUCGAAGGAGGAAGCCUCGGCUGUAGAGGUAGAAUCCUUGCCUGCCACACAGGAGGCCUCCUAUGAGGAUAUUAGAAGGAAAUUACAGAAGCUAGAUGGAGCUGCAGGCAAAAACAUAGAAGAGCUCCUGGGGAUUGCGGUGAAGGUUUAUGAUCGCAGGGAGGACAAGGAGCAAAAGAAAGGGGCUCGCGAAGGGAGUUGCCCCGUCCGAAUCCGACAGUAUCCCCUUAAGUUGGCCACUCAAAUCGGGUUAAAACCUCUAAUCCAAAAGUUUGUACAAUGUGGGUGGCUAAGGGAGGGCACGUCCCCAUAUAACACCCCGAUAAUGGGAGUGCCUAAGCCCAAUGGACAAUAUCGGCUACAGGAUCUAAGGCAGGUCAAUAAGCUAAUAGAGGCGCCUUAUCCUGUUGUCCCAAACCCCCACACGAUUCUAGGACAGAUACCAAAAAGCCAUGGUUGGUUUUCAGUAAUAGAUUUAAAAGACACCUUCUUUUCUAUCCCUCUUGAUCAGGAAUCUCAAAAGCUGUUUGCCUUUGAGUGGGAAGAUCCCGAUACCCAUUACAAAGCCCAAUACCUCUGGACUGUUGUUCCGCAGGGCCUUACCUGUGCACCGGAAAUUUUUGGUAGUCAGCUGCGGAGGGACCUUGCUCCCUUCCUAGCUCGACACCCUGCGUGCAACGUAGUCCAGUACUGCGAUGAUUUACUUUUAAGUACUGAGACAGAGCAGACUUGUAAGGAACAAACUGUAGAACUUCUUAACUUCCUGGGGGCACAGGGAUACAAAGCCUCUAAGGAAAAAGCACAACUGGUUAAACAGCAGGUCACUUUCCUAGGGUACCGCCUUAGUCAGGGGAGUCGAAGUUUAAGUAACGAUAGAAUCCAAGCUAUACUCGAUAGCCCUCAGCCCCGGAACCCCAGAGAAUUAAGAGCUUUUCUGGGACUGACCGGCUUUUGCCGACUCUGGAUCCCUGACUAUGGGGGAAAAGCCAGACCCCUAUAUGAAGCCCUUACUAAAGAAGGUCUGUUGCAUUGGAAGUGGACUAAGGACAGAGAGAAAGCAUUUCAAGAGCUUAAAAGAGCUUUAAUUCAGCCUCCUGCUCUGGCUCUUCCAGAUCCACGGAAACCAUUUACUUUGUAUGUCCACGAGAGAGCCGGGGUAGCGUCUGGGGUCCUCUGUCAAAAGUCAGGACCGACCUGGAGACCCAUCGGCUAUUAUUCCAGAGUCUUAGAUCCAGUUGCCAGGGGAUGGCCAGCCUGCUUGCGAGCUGUUGCUGCAACUGCUCUCCUCGUACAGGAAGCCGAAAAAUUAACCCUUGGUGGGGACACUGAGGUUGUGGUGCCUCACGGAGUACCUCAGAUACUAGGAACAGGGGCGGGGGAUAGACACCUGAACCCCAGUCGGCAUUCUAAAUAUGAGGUGGGACUCUUACUAGCCCCGAACCUAACCUUUAAAACAGUCAGUUCUCUCAACCCAGCUACCUUACUGCCUGACCCUCAGGCUCCCAGUGGUGUUGUUGAUCCGAUCCAUGACUGUGUCGAAGUCCUGCAGCAAGAGACUAAACCCCGUCCCGAUCUUUCGGAUCUGCCCUGGCCCAACCCUGAUCUCGAGGCAUAUGUCGAUGGUUCUAGUUAUGUACUCGAUGGGAAGCGGUACACAGGGGCUGCUGUGAUAAUUAAAAGCACAGAGAUGGUGUAUCCCUUUAAACUCAGCCCCUCUCUAUCCGCUCAAGCUGCAGAACUAGUAGCUCUCAUCGAGGCACUCCGCUUGGGGGCUGGGCGGACCAUAAAUCUAUACACUGGCAGUUGUUAUGCGUACAUGGUAGUACAUGCUCAUGGGACCUUGUGGAAAGAAAGGGGUUUCAUUACAGCCUCGGGCCAAAGAAUUGCCCAUGGGACCCUUAUCAAAUUGUUGCUUGAAGCCUUAAUGCUUCCCCUGCGGGUCGCCGUAAUCCAUGUCCGUGCACAUGGAAAAGCUCCUGAAGCAGAGCAGCGCAAGUAUAAUCGGCUGGCUGAUCUGGCUGCGAAGGAGGCAGCACGCAGGGGAACUGUGUGGCUUCUUUUAGUUCAGGACACUGAGGCCGAAACUCCUGUCCCCCGUUACACGACAGAGGAGGUAUCCUGCGCCCAAGCUGCAGGGGCCUGGCAAACCCCCUCUGGGUGGUGGAAACUACCCGGGGGAGAAAUAUUCCUACACCGGUACGCAGCACCCUUCCAGGCCCUUCCUUUGGAUCGACCUGUGCAUUCGUUCCAGAUCGGUGACCGGGUCUUUAUUAAGAAGUGGAAGCGUGAUCCUCUCACAGCACGGUGGGAAGGCCCACAUACUGUUUCGCUCAUCAGCCAAGCUGCCGUCAAGGUUCUUGGAAGCGACAAAUGGACACACUGCACGCGAGUUAAACGCUUUGUAAGCUCGGAUCCAGAGGACGACUCCACUGAGGAGGACAACAGCCCUCUGCUCACCCUGGCUCCGGGCGCCCGGGGUGACACAGGUAUGAUGGUGGCAAAGAAGAGUGAAGAGUAUCUACAGGUUCUCAGGGACUGGCAAGUCGAGAACACCUUCUGGUUCACCAACACCAGCGAUAUCGCCAUGGUGUCUGAGGCUCUGAGGAGCAUGUACCACAACCUGGACUCUAUCAGCGAGCUGCUGGCCCAGCAGGAACUGCUCAGGGCCCUUCUCCUGCUGGGCUACCAGUACAGCGAGGAGGUGGUCAGAACCCUGCUGGGCUGCUUACUGUCAUGUGACAGCAUUGCUGCGGAGAUGUUGAGGAUGCUGACAUCCCACCCCGAGACCACGGGAAAGCUCCUACGGGAGCUGCUCAACAGGCUGCGGGAGCAGCCUCUGUGUCAGCAUCAUGACAUCUCUCAGAGAGAGGCUGGCAUUGCCCCCUUGGCCGCAGGGUACAGGUCUAAGCCACGGACUGACGUUGGGCAGUUGAAGCUGCUGUGA